UCAUCGCCGGUGACGUCAGUUAGCCACAGCGGCUAGAAGAAAGCUAGCUCGCUGUCCAGGGGGGAGACUUGCUUGUGCGGAAAAAAACAAACAAAAAGGGGACGAAACUAAAGUAACACAUUUGAGCAGCAAGACAUUUUACUCUUAAAGGUCGUGUAUAAAGUAUCGCGAGGGGCGAAGGUCGACACCAGCCCAAACUGAUCCCAGCCCACAGUGUCAAACCUCAGACAGACGACAGCAGCCCUGCACACAGACGCUAUGGAUCGCUCACCCACCACCGCCAGCCUGAUGGCCAGCAACAUCACCAACAAGAACGACUUGCGCUCCCUCAACUCGCGGGUCUUCAUCGGAAACCUCAACACCCUGCUGGUCACCAAGGCCGAUGUGGAGGCCAUCUUCUCCAAAUACGGCAAGAUCGUGGGCUGCUCUGUGCACAAGGGCUUCGCCUUCGUUCAGUUCGCCAACGAGAGAAACGCCCGGUCUGCCGUCGGCGGGGAGGACGGGAGGAUGAUUGUCGGGCAAGUACUUGACAUCAAUCUGGCUGGAGAACCCAAACCACACAGGUCAAAAACCACCAAACGCUCAGCUGGAGACAUGUACAGCAGCAGUUCCUCAUUUGAACUCGACUAUGACUUUCAGAGAGAUUAUUACGACAGAAUGUACUCGUACCCGUCCCGUGUCCCCGCUCCGCCUCCUCCCCCGUUGUCGCGCGCCGUGAUCCCAUCCAAGCGCCCGCGGGUCAGCCUGAGCGGAGGAAGCAGCCGGCGAACGAAGAGCAGCUUCUCCUCUUCCUCCAAGAGCGGUCAGAGGACUUCAUCUUCCAGAACAAUGAAAGUGGACGAGCUGCAGACCAUCAAGCGGGAGUUGACCCAGAUCAAAAGCAAAGUGGACGACCUGCUGAACAGCCUGGAGCGCAUGGAGAAGGACCACAGCAAGAAGUCGGCUAAGGGCAUAAAAACGGAGCCGGGCGAGGUGACUUCACCGCCGCACACGAGCAACAAGAAGGACGACGUGUUGAAGAGAGACAGAGAGUGCCAGGAGCUGAACGACUCUGACGAGGACGACGACGACGACGAGGUCGACCUGCUGGAGGAGGAUGAGGUGAAGAGUCAAGAGAGGGACGACGAUGAGGAUGAUGAGGAGGAGGAAGGAGAGCAUGUGGAAGGUGACGACGAUAUCGAAAGUGUCAACGGCGAGGAUGACUCGUAGGCGCGGACUGCACCAACGCAUGCAGCGUACACAGCCUCCAGUAGGAACUCGGACUCCUGUUUUAACACUCGUGUUGUAGCGCAAACACACACAUACACACACUCUCAAGCAUGGUGCACACACUCUUUGUCCCAUCGUCCCUGAAGCCGAUUAGUUUUGUUUUGUUAUUUUUGUCCAGUGUGGCUGUACCAGGAAUAACUAGCUGUGGGUUUCGGUUUGUGUUUUUUACUGCGUCGCUGCUUGCCCUCAGGAGAAGACGGAAACACAAGACUGUUAAUGUUCUCAGAGACAACAGCUCGACGGACAUCAUGUCUUAAUGCGAGGACGAAAAAUUCAGCUACGAAAGAGAAGUUUUAGGUUCAAUGUGUUUGUCUUUUCCUCAUUGGUGAGUUUGUUUUGACCUUGUGUGUCUGUAUGUUAAAGUCUGUUUUUUUUAUACUAUUCACAACUGUAAAGGAAUAAAUUGCAAUAAAAUAUUAAAAUGUAAA